AUGUCGUCUCACCCCCACAUACGAGCCGCAUAUUUCAGGGUCUCCCUCGAUGAAGCUCAGGAGGCUCUCAAGGAUUGCAUUGAGAACCUUAUGUCGACGACUGCGCCUGCAACUCUGCGCAACAGAGAAAAAAUUCGUAUGAAGUUCCUCUUCACUGUGCAAGCGUUCGAACCCGAUCUCGAAGAGCAUCGUCUCUGGUUCCACGACACUCUUGAAAAGUACUACCAGAAGUUUCUUGUAUUUUUGGUUUUAGCACUCAGACAACCAGAUGGCACUUACAAGUGCACCGCUGGAACUAUGAAAGAGGCUUAUCUGACUUUUUGUUGGCACAUUGCCAGAUUCGCAGUCGAUGCACAAGGGAAGCUUAUAGGCUCCAAGCUUCUUUCAGCAGAGGGGUACCAUCAGUUUUUAAAAGAUCAGUGUUAUACACUAAUCACCAAAUACAAACUGGCACGCCACCAAAAACCUCGUAUUAUGCUGACUGAAUUCGAACUUCGCCUUAUCGUUGAACAAAACUUGCUCAUGUCACAAAAGUUCAAUCGUCUGGUUGCGCUUCAACGCAUCUGCCUAGCGUUAACUCUAUUCUAUACUCUGUGCCGGCCGGGAUCUCUGGGACCUUCGGAAAAGGUCUACAAACAAGAUAAAAAAUACCCCUGUGUCAAACACGUCAAGUUUAUUCGUAUCGACCGUCUCAAAUAUCGAGUAAAGUUGCAAAUCAUGCAGCUCAAAGGGCACAACACCACAUUCACUGGCGAGCAACGCGAAUAUAUUUUAGAGCCGGUCAAGAACUGGUUUAAUAUCAUGUUGGAACAUGGGAUCUACAUGACUAUUGAAGAUCUUGCAAACUCGACCGAUCUUUAUUUGCCAAUUGAUCCAACACGAAUGGAAGAACCCCUAUUCUUGGCGAGCGGGCCUGGCGGAAGAGGCUUUAAGGACCCUCCGGAACCAAUGGUCUCCACUGGUAUUACCGCUGGCAUGAAGACUGUCGCCGUCAAAAACAAAUUUGGCAAAGACGUGGCAGAAACUCUCCUCACCCAUAUUGAACCAGGGUCACACAAAUUUUACUCCUCCGAAACUGCAGCUUUUGACCUUACUGGCAUGAUGCUCAAUGAGCUGCCUAUACCCUUGGAUGCAAACAAAAUGGCAAGUUGA